AUGGGUGAUUUUAACAAUGUUUUGAAUAUGGAGGAUAGGGUGGGGGCUCCAAUUAGAGCUAGUGAAUGCACAGAUUUCAGAAGAUGUGUGGAAUGCUGUAGUAUGGAAGACAUGAAGGCAACUGGGUGCUUCUAUACGUGGAAUAACAAGCAAGGAGAGGAUACAAGGGUAUUCUCCAAGAUUGACAGGGUUAUGUGCAACAUGGAUUGGAUGGAAGCUUAUCCAUUUACAGAGGCCAAUUUCUUACCAGAGGGGGAGUUUGAUCACUGCCCUAUGAUUUUGACUGCACAUCCACAACAGAAUUAUGGAAAGAAACCAUUCAGGUACUUUGAUAUGUGGAAGCAUGCGCAAAACUUUGAGCAGAUAAUACAGGAUGCCUGGAACACAGAAGUGAGUGGUGCCCCAAUGUUUAGACUUACUCAGAAGUUAAAGAAGGUGAAGGCCUCUCUAAGGCUGUUGAAUAGAGAGGGUUUCACUGAUUUACAGGCUAAGGAGAUCAAAAGUGCAGCAGCUUUGAAGGAUUGUCAGGUUCAGUUACACAAACAACCUGAUAAUAUUAACUUGAGGAAGCAGGAAACUGAGGCAGCAAAAGAGUAUAAAGUAGCACAGGAAGUGAACACACAACAAGCUGCAAUGCUUCAAAGACCUGUUUCUGGAGAGGAAGUGAAAGAGGCGUUGUGGUCUAUACAUGGUGACAAGGCUCCAGGACCGGAUGGGUUUGGGAGUCAUUUCUAUAAAACUUGCUGGCACAUUGUGGGCCCUGAUGUAAUAGCAGCUGUUGUUGACUUCCUUUAUUCAUGGGAAAUUACUAAAGGAGGGGACUUUCAGUCUAUUCUUUUACUUCUGAGAGGGUUCAAAUUGUUCUCUGAGUCCUCGGGGCUUCAAGCAAAUGAGCAGAAGUCUGCCAUUUAUUGCACUGGCAUGGAGAAUGGAGAAAUACAAAGAAUUCUUGAUAGGUCUGGAUUUGUGAGGGAAGGCCUCCCCUUCAAAUACCUGGGAGUCCCUAUCUGUUCCAAAAGGAUUUCCAUUGCAGAUUGUGAGAGGUUAUCUGACAAGAUUAGUGCAAGGAUUAAAAUUUGGGGUUCCAGGAAUAUAUCAUUUGCUGGAAGGGUGCAGUUAAUUAACUCAGUACUCUUGAGUAUGCAUUCAUAUUGGGCACAAGUGUUUGUGAUCCCAAAGACUGUAAUGCAGGACAUUGGCAAUAUGAAAUUUGGUGGGAUUAUGUGCCUAAUAGUACUUGUAGUUGGUACUGGAAAACUGUGUAACGUAAAAGAGAAAUUGAAAGGGCUCAUGACUGUAGCUCAACUUCAGCAGAUGCACAGCUACUCUAUCCAGGAGAUUUAUGGAAAAUUAACAGGGGAUUAUGAAAAAUUGCAGUGGUGUCAGGUGGAAACCCAUAACAUCUUUUCUUUAACUGUCAUUUUAGUAGCCAAUGUCUUGAGGCAGUAA